ACACAUUAUCAGUUGAAAAUUAGCAGGAUGUUUUUUACUCGGCGUAUAAAGACGAAGAACAUUGGGAUUUCCACUCACUGCAGUCAGAAGAAGGACAUCAUUCCGGGAGGUGGACAUGGACAUGGACGAGCUCAAACACGUCAUCAAUAGUUUUAGCUUUGAUAGAUGUAAAAAGGGCAACCAGGGCUUCAACCGAUGCCUCAUCCAGCUGUUCGGGUUGGCGGGACAUGGAAAGUCCUCGUUCAUUAACACCUGUGUAUACGUCUGGCAAGAUGGUGAAUACAAGAACUGGGCGAAGGCAGCCGAAGGAUAUGGAGGCAAGACAACCGAGAGAAUUCCACAUAAAAUCACAAGUAACAUCACGUUGGUGGACAAUCGAGGAUGGCCGAAAUUGGACGGAUAUGGGAGUGGAGAGAUCUUUGCUCAGCUCGGUAAUCUGCUUCCACUGGGGAGAGGCGUGGAGUUUACCAAGGGGUUCGGACUUGUUGAAAAAAUUGUUAGGUCAGAAAAAUUAGUGAAAGACUCCGAUUUCAUUGCCCCGGUCUUUGUACAUAGUGUGAAGCACAUAAUUCCCACCGAGGAAAUAGAAGAAUUGAAGAGCGUUCUUCAUACAGCCAGAGAGAUGACCGGGAUCUAUCCCAUUGUGGUUCUCACCCACAAGACCUAUGGGAACUUAACCACCGUUGAGUCCUCCUUCAGGGACAUGGGCAUAGAAAGGAUUUUUGCAUUUGAAAAUUACACCCAAGAAGAUCACUUUAAAACCAGAGGAAGACACGAGGAAGUGCUGAAGUUCCUGCAGGAAGUCAUUAAAGAUGCUCAGUUCCGGGUAGAACAUCAGACACGGAACCCGGUGAAGGAGAUGCAUGACCGCAAACAGUUUGUCAUGAAUUAUGUUCACCAGAGAGAGAAGAAGAUGGAGCAGGAAGGUCUGGAGAGAAAGAAAGCCUUAGAUAGAGCAAUGAGGGAAAAGGAAUUAAAAAGACAAGAGGAAGAGUUCGAAAGAGAGAGACAGAGAAGAAAAGAAGCUGAAGAAGCUGAGCUGAGGAAACGGAGAGAAGAGUUGGAGAGGCAGAGAUCAGCUGAACAAGCCAGAUAUGUGGAAAUCCAGGCGCAACAGCAAGCCAAUGCCAAAGGAGGCAAGAAAUUUCUUGGAUUUUUUAGUAAGAAGAAGUAGAAACCAUAAAUAAGAAUACUCAAAAACAUAAUAAGGAUUCUAGGAAAAAAACAUAUUUGUGCUAUAUAUGUAAGCAUCAGGGUGCAGCCUGUCUACUGAAAGACACAAGCCGGGGUACUCAGCGGUACAGUCUGGAGCACUGUUCUCCACCUCUACGGAAUCUUUUAUUCCUCCAUGGAAUCUACUACAUCUCCACAGAACUGUCUACUCCUCCACAGAAUCAAUCUUCUAAACCUCCACAGAACCAUCCACACCUCCAUGGAAUCUACUACAUCUCCACAGAAUAUUCAAUACCUCCAUGGAAUCUUCUACACCUCCACUGAAUCUUCUACACCUCCAUGGAAUCUUCUAUACCUCAACAGAAUCGCCUACACAUGGAACCUACUACAUCUCCACAGAACUGUCUACUCCUCCACAGAAUCUUCUAAACCUCCACAGAACCAUCCACACCUCCACAGAACUAUCUACUCCUCCAUUGACUCUACUACAUCUCCACAGAAUAUUCUACACCUCCACAUAAUCUUCUACACCUCCAUGUAACCUACUACAUCUCCACAGAACUGUCUACACCUUCACAGAACCAUCCACACCUCCACAGAACUAUCUACUCCUCCACUGAAUCUUCAACACCUCCAUGGAAUCUACUACGCCUCCACAAAACCGUCUACUAAUCCACAGAACCAUCUACUCAUCCACAGAACUAUCUACUCCUCCACUGAAUCUUCAACACUUCAGCAGAAUCCUUUACAUCUAUACAGAGUCUUCUACACUUUCACAAAAUAUUCUACACCUCCACAGAAUCUUCUACACCUCCAUGGAAUCUACUACGCCUCCACAAAACCGUCUACUCAUCCACAGAACCAUCUACUCCUCCAUAGAACCGUCUACACCUAUAUGGAUUCUUCUACACCUCCACAUAAUCCUCUACACUACACCUCCACUGAAUCUUCUACAUCUCCACAGAAUCUUCUACACCUUCACAGAACCAUCUACUCCGCUAAAAAAACUUCCACACCUCCAGAGAAUCUUCUACACCUCUAAAUAAUCCUCUAGACCUCCACAGAACCAUCUGCUCCUCCACAAAACCUUCUACACCUUCACAGAACCUUCUACUCCUCUACAUAAUCCUAUACACCUACAUAGAAUCCUCUACACCUUCACAGAACCUUCUACUCCUCUACAUAAUCCUAUACACCUACACAGAAUCCUCUACUUCUCCACAGAGCCAUCUACACCUCCACCUAAUCUUAUAUACCUCCACAGAAUCUUCUACACCUUCACAGAACCAUCUAAAUCCACAACAGAACUAUCUACUCCUCCACAAAAACUUCUACACCUCCACAGAAUCUUCUACACUUCUAUAUAAUCCUCUACACCUCCACAGAACCAUUUUCUCCUCCACAAAACCUUCUACGCCUUCACGGAAUCUUCUACUCCUUUACAUAAUCCUCUACACCCCCACAGAAUCCUCUACAUCUCCACAAAACCAUCUACACCUCUACAGAAUCUGCUACAUCGCUACAGAAUCUUCUACACCUCCACAUAAUCAUUCACACCCCUACAGAAUCUUCUACUCUUCCACCAUACCUUCUACACCUCCAUAGAAUCUUCUACACCUCUACAUAAUUCUUUACGCCCCGACAGAACCAUCUACUCCUCCACAGAAUCUUCUAUACCUCCACAGAAUCUUCUAUACCUCCAUGGAACCUACUACAUCUCCACAGAAUCUCCUACACCUCCACAUAAUCUCCUACACCUCCACAGAAUCUUCUACACCUCUAAAUAAUCCUCUACACCUUCACAGGAUCUUUUACUCAUCUACAUAAUCCUCUACACCUUCACAGAAUCCUCUACAUCUCCACAGAACCAACUACACCUCUACAGAAUCUUCUACAUCUUCACAUAAUCAUCCACACCCCUACAACAUCUUCUACUCUUCCACCAUACAGUACCUUCUACACCAGUGGUUCUGAACCUUACUAGCGCCGUGACCCCUUAAUAAAAUGUCCCAAGUUGUGGGGACCCCUAACAGUAAAAUUAUUUGCGUGGCAAGACAAGCAAUU